CAAUGACUCAAAAUACGGAUACAUCUCGUCGGGCUUACGCAGGUUGACCUGCUUACCAUUACUCGUGCUCGCCCUCGGUCCUCGAACCGGUCUCAAUGGCCAUACGGUGAACUCCAAUCUCUGUGGCAUAUAUUGAGCCGCCAGACCCUUCGCUUACCCUGCUGUCUCUUCCACCAAAAUGGUGCAAAUCCAACCCUCGUCGGACGAGGUGUCCUCAAUACUCUCGAAAUCAAAAGGAUCACAAUAUCCGCCCAAUCUAGUUCCUCUCUGCGCUCAGAUACCCGCCGACCUCUUCACGCCGACUCAAGCCUAUCUCAAAGUAGCCAAUGGCUCAAACCUUUCCUUUCUCUACGAAAGUGCUGCAACGACAGGAACCAUAGGACGAUACAGUUUCGUAGGAGCGAACCCGUUGAAAGUCCUGAAGAGCGGUCCCGGACAUGGUCCAGAGGAGGACCCCCUACCCCGCCUCGAGAAGGAACUGGCACAAUACCGGGUAGCAAGUGUGCCCUCUCUACGCCUGCCUGCGAUGACAGGAGGUGUUAUUGGAUAUGUCGGCUAUGACUGUGUUCGUUACUUUGAGCCCAAGACUGCGCGACCUAUGAAGGAUGUUCUGAAACUCCCCGAGAGCUUCUUCAUGCUGUACGACACCAUUGUCGCAUUCGACCACUUCUUCAACGUCUGUAAAGUUAUCACAUACCUCCGUGUACCACCCUCGGGGUCACCCGAAGACUUAGCCAGCGCUUAUGACAAGGCCUCCAAGAUUUUGCGCAACACGGUUGCGAAACUGCAGGCCGAACACAUACCUCUUCCUUACCAACCCCCAAUUGCAGAGAAUCAGCCCUCGAAGUCGAAUUUUGGUAAAGACGGAUACGAAGCGCAUGUCACCCGUCUGAAGAAACACAUUUGUAAGGGAGACAUCAUUCAAGCUGUUCCCUCGCACAGAAUUGCUCGACCGACCACAUUGCAUCCUUUCAAUAUUUACCGACAUCUCCGAACAGUCAAUCCUUCCCCAUAUCUAUUUUACAUCGAUUGCGAGGAUUUCAGCAUCGUCGGUGCGUCACCGGAGUUGUUGGUCAAAGAAGAAGCAGGCCGAAUCAUCACACACCCGAUUGCUGGCACAGUGAAGAGAGGUCAGGAUCCAGAGGAGGACGAUCUUCUGGCCGAAGAGCUCCGUAACAGCCUCAAGGAUCGAGCCGAGCACGUCAUGUUGGUUGAUCUGGCAAGAAACGACGUCAAUCGUGUAUGCGAUCCUUUGUCUACACGGGUUGACCGAUUGAUGACGGUAGAACGCUUCAGCCACGUUCAGCAUUUGGUUAGUCAGGUGUCGGGCAUUUUGCGGCCUGGGGAGAAUAGAUUCACAGCAUUUCGAAGCAUUUUUCCUGCCGGCACCGUGUCUGGGGCGCCAAAGGUCAAGGCUAUGGAGCUUAUCGCCGAGCUCGAGGGUGAAAAAAGAGGAGUCUACGCCGGUGCGGUGGGCUAUUUUGGGUUUUCCAGGACUGCAACCGAUGGGUCCAAGAUCGAGGAUGAGGGCGCUAUGGAUACGUGUAUCGCCUUGCGCACAAUGGUUGUUAAAGACGGGGUGGCUUAUCUACAGGCAGGAGGUGGGAUUGUGUUUGACAGCGUUGAGGAAGACGAGUGGGUAGAAACCAUGAACAAGUCGCGGGCCAACAUUAGAACACUCGAGGCGGCGGAGCAGAAGUAUUUGGCACUGGAAAACGCUAAUGGUGCUGCUAGAUAGUCGUGUUGCUUUUAGAUAUCAGAGAAAAUCUUAAUUGAGGUGCAU